UAGAUAGGUAUUCAGCGCGCCGCGAUAGCUGCGCUGUGUUUCUAUGGAAAAUAAACCUCAGUGACCGAAAAUACGCGUCAUUUGCACCGAAAGCCAUUGCGUGUGUACCUGCAACUGCAAUAUUCACCAACAAGUUGUUAUUAUUUUGUGAAUGGACUAAAAAGCGCGGAAUUCUCAGUGCAUGUUAGUACAGACAAGUUAUUUAUAGCCGGUUUGUGUGUGAUUUGACUGUUUUAUGUGACUUUUUGUGUGCUGGGCGGAAACCUGGGAAUUUGAGUUUAAAUAUACGCAUAAUAUUGUGUUAAAAUAACAAUAACUAUACGUUAAAUUCCUUAAAUUAGCUAGAUGCGUUUAAUUACAAACGUUCCUGUUUACGGAGUUCAGUGUAUCGAACUAUCUACAUACUAACAGAAGUUGGAAAAGUGUAUAAAAAAUUCUGAAAAUAAUUUUUAAUAUUUUCAAUAAUAUUCCCGAAUUAAUAUUUUUAAUUCAGAUGCAUUGUAUAUCCUGUUGUUUGCAUUUUAUUUAAAUUGGUAACAAAUUAUAUGUGUACAACGGAACGUAACAAUCAGGAAAUGGCAAAAGGGCAAAAACAAAUCUGACAACUAUAUUGACAGCUUGAUAAUUGCCAGAUGAAAAAUACUUUCUCCAAACUCAGACAUUUUUAAGUAAAACUUGUCUUUGGCUAUAAAAUCAAGAUGGAUUUACCAUUACCAGAUUAUGAAGAAGUAACGAACAUAUCGGAUACAAUAGUAUCCUCAACCACAACUAUGAGUGACAGUCUAGCUUCACCAGACACAACAGAUACAUUUCGCAUGAGCUUGGAUAACUUUUCAUUGAUUGGUGAAAAUGUUACAAUUGGAGAAAGAAACCUGUCAUUUGAUACUGCGGCCUGUUUUAAUGUUGCUACCCCAUGUUCUUCAACGCCAACAGUUGAUAAGGUUGACCCCUUCAUACAAGGAACUUCUACUCCACUGCAAAAUUCUGCGACACAAAUUAACCGACCGAAAAACUUAAAGUUGGAUAUAAGAAAUGAAUUUUUAAAACCAUCGCCUGUUGCAAUUAUGUCGCCGGCAAGAAUGUUACAAUUUGAAAUGGACAAAACCUCAAGCGCGACGCCGACAAUGAAAAGAACUCCAAUAGACUUUGACUUCUUCACAAAAGCAAAUUAUGAGAAAUUUAUGUUUGAAGAGCUCAAAGAUGAGGAACAAGCAAAUGAAGAGGACAAGACAGAGAAAGAGUUUGAAGAAACACCUGUUAUCGUGAAAGCUGUUCGUCAUGAAAUUGGAUAUGUUAACCUCAAUGGGGCGGCCAAAGUUGACAUAUCACAUUUCGAUUUGCUCAAAGUGCUUGGCACUGGAGCAUACGGCAAGGUGUUCCUGGUGCGCAAGCGCUGCGGCGCGGACGAGGGGCAGCUGUACGCCAUGAAGGUGCUCAAGAAGGCCUCCAUCGUGCAGAAGCUCAAGACGGCCGAGCACACCAGGACUGAGAGACAGGUGCUGGAAGCGGUGAGAGAAUGCCCGUUCCUGGUGACCCUCCACUACGCGUUCCAGACCGACUCCAAGCUACACCUUAUACUCGACUACGUGGCGGGCGGCGAGCUGUUCACGCACCUGUACCAGCGGGAGCACUUCACUGAGGAUGAAGUGAGGAUCUACAUCGCGGAGAUCAUACUCGCGCUGGAGCAGCUACACAAGCUCGGCAUAAUCUACCGCGACAUCAAACUCGAGAACAUCCUGCUGGACGCUGAAGGCCACAUCGUACUCACAGACUUUGGUCUCUCCAAGGAGUUCUGUGGCAAUGAGAAGAGGGCGUACAGCUUCUGCGGGACCAUAGAGUACAUGGCGCCCGAGGUGGUGAGGAGCGGCUCGCAGGGGCAUGAUAUUGCGGUAGACUGGUGGUCGGUGGGCGUCCUCACUUACGAGCUACUCACGGGCGCCUCACCCUUCACCGUCGAAGGAGAGAAGAACACACAACAGGAGAUCACGAAGCGCAUCGUGCGCUGCAGCUACCCCGUCCCGCCGGACGUCGGCGCCGAGGGGCGGGACUUUAUCAAGAAGCUGCUGGUGAAGGACCCGCGGCGGCGGCUCGGCGGCGGCGAGGGCGACGCCGAGGAGCUCAAGAGACACCCCUUCUUUCAGAAACUAGACUGGGAGCUGGUAGCGCGCCGCGGGGUCGCCGCGCCCUUCGUCCCUUCCCUCUCGCACGCGGCCGACACGUGCAACUUCGCGGACGAGUUCACGCGCAUGCCGCCGACCGACUCGCCCGCCGCGCCGCCGCAGGCCUCACACAAGCUGUUUCUGGGCUACUCGUACGUGGCUCCGAGCAUCCUGUUCUCUGACAAUGUCAUCUCUGAUCAACUCUGGCAGGAGGCCACCGGGCAACAGCAGGAUAAGCUCAAGGGGUGGAUCGCUAAGGACUCGCCGUUCUUCCGCAAGUACUCAGUGGACCUGUCGGCGCCGCCGCUCGGGGACGGCUCGUACUCCGUGUGCCGCCGCUGCGUGCACCGCCAGACCGGCGCCGAGUACGCGGUGAAAAUAGUGUCCGCCCACGCCCCUCACGUGAGACAGGAGGUGGAGUGUCUCCGCGCCUGCCAGCGCAGCCCCCGCGUCGUGGAGCUCGCGGACGUGGUGCACGACGAGGCCUUCACCUACAUAGUAACGGAACUAUGCACGGGCGGCGAGCUAACCCUGCACAAAGUGGCGGCGAUGUGUCGCGACACGCGCGCGCGGCUCGCCGUGCAGCUGAGCGACGCGCUGCGGCAUCUGGCCGCGGAGGGCGUCGCGCACAGGGACGUCAAACCAAUGAACAUUCUGCUGACGUCGCCGCGGCUUCAGGAGGCGGACAUCAAGCUGGGGGACUUCGGGUUCGCGCGGUUCAUCCCGCCCGACCGCUCGCGGAUGACCACGCCUUGCUUUAGCCUCCCCUACGCGGCGCCCGAAGUCCUAGACCGAGUCAUCGGAGUCUCCACGUCCUACACCGCGGCCUGCGACCUCUGGUCCCUCGGCAUGACCCUGAGAUACCUGCUGCUGGGAGUCGAACCCGGGUCUACUAGGGAACCGAUACAUACCGCCCACGCAAACGCGCAUAAUUUUGUGUUGGAAGGUCCAGAAUUCGACGCUGCCCCUGACUACGUAAAGAAAGUCCUGACCGGCUUACUACAGCAGGAUCCGUCGCGCCGCAUGCCGCUGGAGACCGUUCUGGAAAUAUUGAGGACCGCAGUGGGGAUGGACGAGGACCGCUUCCAACUCACCGACAUGACCAAAGCGGACCUCUACAAGCGGCGCAGCAAAAACAAGCAGCAACCGAGCACCGAACCCAGGACCUCCAGCGAAAUGGAGGUCGACACCAAGGAUACCCUCAUGGAAACUAUCAACAACAUCAAACAACGCAACGAAAUGAAUUCCAUAGAGAAUGACGUAGAACUGAUCCGAGCCAACACACAAGAUACACCCGUCAAUGAAAUCAAAGAACCUACUUUCACGCAAGAGGUGGAAGAUAUACCUCAUGUCAAACCUGUAGAAAGAACCUACGCCAAGUCUAGAUCUAAGCUGGAUGAGUUUAUUUACAUAGAAAGCAGUAAAGGUUUGGAUGGAACAGAAGUGGCGUUCCCGAAAUCUACACGCUCUAAGAAAGCUAAGGAAAGCCCGUCGCCUGUACCUAAAAAACGUAGGAAAGUUGAGGCAAAGGCUAAGGUUGAUGAUACAGUGAGGCAAUUGAGAAGUAAGGCGGUAGAGAAGAAAGACACAAAGAAGGUAGAGGCUACUAAAGUGGAGACAAAGACUCGGGCGAAAAAGACAACGAAAGAAUCUAUAGAAAACGACAAGACUACUAAAGUGACUCGCGUUACCCGCAAACGUAAACAUGAGGAGAUUUCCAAACCGGUCCUUAGAGAGAAAGGACAGAAUGCAGAUGAGACGAGCAAGAGCGAGAUAGCUGCUAGAAAGACGGCUAAAGCUAAGAAAACUAAACCAGAUCUUAAGAUAGACGUAGAAACAAAUGUGCAUAUGACGCGCUCGAGACAGAGAAGAUUAGAAAUCAGUCUUUCCCCGUCUCAAGUUAAGAGCGUAAUUCCAGCAUUCUCCUUCGAAUCUGACCGUAGAAUGACUUCAGUUGAUAGCGCAAAGUCCAAGUCGCCUAAAGGCAACGCUAAAGGAAAGAAAGCUAAAGUAGCAACUAAAGUAGCUAAAGCCGCUACGAAAGUAGCUAAAACAGCAACUAAAGUAGCUAAAACGGCGACUAAAGUUACUAAAACGGCGACUAAAGUUGUUAAAACAGCGAAAAAGACGCCGGUUCGUGCGACUAGAGCCCGGGCGGCGCGUAGGUGAAAGUGCUAAGAUAACGUUGAUUUCUAGGCUAUAAAAAAUUAGGUUACAAUUGUGUAGUGACGAAGAGGGGUGAUCCGAAGUGAUCUAAAUAUUGUGGUGGACAGUGCAUCAAGUGUUGUGUUAAGAACUUGAUUAACAAUCUUUGUGAAAUAAUGGAACAAUGUUUAUUUCUGAAUGUGUACGCAGAUUUGGAAAUUGAUUUUUGUUAAGUCUUUAAUAUCUACUCGAGUAAUGUACUUGAGUUUAUCAAAGAUAAUUUAGAAUUUGAAAGGACGAAACUUCACGAAAGUUUCAAUAUCGUUUGAAGGGAAAAAAGUAUGGGUAUUUAUGAAAAAGAUUUUUAAUGAUAAAAGUCGUCAAUUGACGAAAGACAUGUAUAGUUACUCCAAACUAGGAAUACAACUAAUGAUGACAUGUUUUAAUAUUGUUAUUCGUUUUAUUUAAUGUUACUAUUAUUUCUUAAGGUAUUUUCGGUCUUAAUAAUAUUACCAUUAGAUUUAAUUCUUCUUCUUCGUUAUUUAGUGAUGUGGAAUAGGUUAUACAACGGCAUUUCUUUGGGGUAACUUUCCAAUUGUUACCCAUGAGGUGUUGGGGUACCCUUGCCUGAAGUCGGGAUGACCCGUUUCACACAUCAUUAGUUAGUUAUGUAUUGCAUAGUUGAUAAUUAUUAAUUUAAGGAUGUCUUUGGCAUAUGAUGUCCCGUAGUAAUUUCUAGUAAUUUCAUGGAAUUACUGCACUCAUUUUACCGUUCAUUCUUAGUCUAACAAAUAAUAUAUGUUGUAUUCGGAAAAUAAUUUAGAUCUGUAGGGGGUGAUUUCAAAAUCGCGACCCACAAGAGGCUACGAAAAUUCACAAAAUUCAAAUCAAUAAACAGAUCUCUUUCAAAUAAACAUGAUUUUAGGUUGUUUGUGUGUGUGUAUAUUUGUUUAAUUAUAGAGAACUAGUUCUUAAAAUGGUAAUUGAUAAAUUAAAAAUUAAUGAUGGAUUACGAUUUUCCGUUCUUUUCGUCUGCCGAUUUAUAAAAAAAUAAAAUUAUAAAAAAAGGUGGCAUGAUUUGUUAGGUUUUAUCAAUAGAUUCGUUUUUAAAUUUAAAAUAUAUUAUUUUUCUUAGGCUACUUUCCAUUUUUUGCUUUUUUUUAAACGCUUUUACCAAAUAUAAAGCAAAUCUGUUAUUAUUUGAUCUGAAAUACGCAGAUUCCUCUGACUUUUUGAAAUAUUUAGCGGAGCUAAGUAUUAAACUGAGAAUUUUUCAGGUCACAUAACUUAUGGAUUUUGCACAAAUAUGUUUGUAUGUACAUAAUAGUAUUUAGUACAAAAAUGGUGAAUGAAGUAUAUUAUAUGUACUAUGUAUAGCUAACAAGUGGAUCUUAAUACCAAAUUUGUUGUUGAUUUUAACGAUCUUCAAAGAAUUUAUCUCUGUUUUGUGAAACUUCCAUUUUCUUAUAAAAGAUCCGCAUAAGAAGUCCUCAUAUCAUUUAUAUCAUAAAUAACUUUAUACAAUACUGCUGUUAAUCUUACAAUCAGAUGAACAAUCUUCUUUUCCUAGCUCUUAACUUAAUUUUCUUCCAAAACUUUUUAUUAUCACUUAUAAUUAGCAAAUCUGUAUUUUUAAUUUAUUUUUCUGUAACUAGUUGUUGAAAUUUGUAGUUUAAUUAACAUCGAAACGAAGAGUUCUGUCGAAAUGUUAUUUAAUGUUACACUGAAAUCCGUUAUUCUAGGUAUUAGCUGAAGUCGACGUCAGGGAUUUUGUGAAAUGACCAGUCGAUCUGACAAACGUGCUCAAUUUGCUUUGACUAGGAUAUUUAUAAAAUGCUUGACAUUUACUUCGCGCGCGGCGUGGCAUUAGAGACAAACAAAGUAAUAUAAAAAGCAUAAUUAAAAUAUUUAUAAAAUUAAAGAUUGAUUUGAAGAAUAUGUACUUGUGCUUACAAAUAUAAGUCUGAAUCACUCAGUAAUAACUCAAGUGUACUACCGCAUUUAGUCUUUACUGAUGUUGAACACGAAUUAUAAAUCAUUUAUAUGUUAUUUAACUUUGAUCUGCGUGUCAAAAACUAAAUUAAAUAAAUCUAAGCUUUUGAUUGCAUUACAAAAAUACAUCUCAAAUUGUUUAAUGAAUGUAUUACAAAAUGCACUUGCCAUGCUAGCUCGAGCUAUAGUUACUAUGAUUAAAUUAAUAUUGUUACCAAAUCACAUAAAAUACCCAAAUACAACUGUGAAUUUUGGUCGAUAUUAUUAUCAUUUACUAAACCGAGCUCGCGGCAAAUGCAGCUAAAAAAGUGGCCCGAAUCUAGCCUUAUUUUCCUAAAAAAAUUAGAUAGACGCUAACUUUGGCUUUGCUCAUUAUUAGAGGACAUUUCAAUUAUAGAAAUUUCUGACAAGUUCGGAGAAUUCAUGUGAGUUAAAAUUACACCAUAAGGCAGUAGGGCUACUUUAUCAGUAUAAUAAUAGCAUCAUAACCGUAGAAACAAUCAAAUUUAUGUAAAACUUUAAUUUCUCAUUCGUUGGAAAUUGAGAAUUUCCCUAAAUGCUUUCGAAAGCCUUACGCGUCGACGUAAACAUUUGUUAAGUGCACUUAAAAAUGGAUGAAUGUACCAAAAGAUUAUAUAAUUUUAUAAUAAAGUGUAUAGAAGUUGUUAGUGGGUCGAAGUGAGUUUUGUAAGAGGGUUGUAAGCUGGUGGCGUACGGAUUGUAAUAAUUAUACCAUUUUAACAAUA